AUGCUCCGAACAGUCCAGAACUACACGGCAGCGUUCUUUCUGCUAUUUCGCGCUUUUCUUGCACCCGAGAGCCAGCUUCUGUCGGCUCAGAAAUGGGUCUUGGGAUUGGUCAAUUUGACCUCGGUGAUUGUGUUUUGGGUCGGCAGCAGUUUCUUGGUCAACGAUCUUUUUGAAACCAACGUCUACCGCAAGCCGUUUUUCAUCACGUGGAUCAACAACAGCUGCUUUGUGUUUUACCUCGUGCCGUAUUUGAGGCAGCACGGCUACUCGGUGCUGGAAUUCGCCCGUAUCGUUUCACAGGACUACCGGGCUUCUCAAUACGACCCCUUAAAAGACGCCGAAAGCGGGCCGCAGCCUUUGCACACCUACGGGGCCUCACGUGACGUUAGUUCGGAAGACUUGACCGCCGAGAGCCUGGCCGUGUUGCCGAAAAAAGGCUCCGAUGACGUAGGCAUUUGUGAGACGCUCAUGCUUUCGUUGCAGUUCGUUGUGCUCUGGUUCUCCGCCAACUUGGUCACCAACGCGUGGCUCUCAUACACGUCCGUGGCGCUGCAGACCAUUUUGCUGUCGACGCUGUCGUUUUUUACACUUAUUUUCGGGUACUUCUACCGCAUCGAGAAGAUCAACCGCAACAAAAUCGCAGGCAUCGUGCUCUCGUUUUCGGGGGUGCUUCUAGUCACUAAAAUCGACUCUCUGGGAUUGGAGGAUCUCCCUGAAGACUCCACGCCGUUUUUCGUGCUCUGGGGCAAUGCGUUGGCACUUUCCGGGGCGCUCAUCUACGGAAUCUACACGAUUCUCCUCAAGCACAAAAUCACAAUUCCCGGCACCACGCACGAGCGAACUUUCAACACCCAUCUCUUCUUUGGCUUUGUUGGCUUGUACAGCCUCGUGCUCUUGUGGCCGGUCUUGGUGGUGCUUCAUUUCACGGGCGUAGAGAAAUUCGGGCUCCCCGACAACGCACACGUGAUCAAGCUUCUAUGUCUUAAUGCUUUCAUCACAUUCAUCAGUGACUUCUGCUGGUGCAAGGCAGUCUUGCUCACCAGCCCAUUGACUGUAACCGUGGGUCUUUCGCUCACUAUUCCGUUGGCCAUGAUUGGCGACUGGGUGUUCAAAGGCUUCCACGUGCACUUCUGGUACUUGUUUGGUGCACUGAUAGUUACGCUUGGUUUUUUUGUGAUCAACAAGGACGAGAAGCAGGACUUCACGGAAGAUGAAGUUCCGACUUAG